AUGGGCGUGACCGUAGAUUCUACUCUCGAUGUCGAGGAAUCGACGGAGCCUCCUAUAUGUGGUUAUACGGAACCCAGCUCCAACCCCAAUGUCGCCAGCCCCUUAAAUAUUAAGCCCUGUGCUACCUACGAGAAAUCCAUCUCGCUUACGACUGAUCAUCCCGCCGUCGAUCUACCUCCUAGUAAAGAGGACCCUGGUCAGAACGCCCAUCUCAUAGAUCCAUCUGAGCUUGCUACUCUCCUCGGGACUAACCUCCGAAAUGGCAUCUCUGGUUCAGAAGCGGCGUUCCGCCUCGAGCGCGAUGGUCCGAAUACCGUGCGUGAAAUGGAGAGUGUCUCCAUCUGGGGGAUACUGCUGAGGCAGGUGUCCAACAGUCUGACACUAGUCCUAUUGAUCACCAUGGCCCUAUCCUUCGGAAUAGAUGAUUACAUCGAAGGCGGUGUUAUCACUGCAGUGAUUCUCCUAAACAUCAUCGUAGGCUUCAUCCAAGACUACAGAGCCGAAAAGACAAUCCUCUCACUCCACCGUCUCUCCGCACCAAUCUGUAAAGUACUCCGAGACGGUCGAAUAGCUUCUGUGAAAGCCGAAUCCCUCGUCAUGGGAGACAUCGUCCAACUGGCAGUUGGCGACAUCGUCCCCGCCGAUCUCCGACUAUUCGACGGCAUGAAUGCCUCGAUGGACGAGGCACUUCUGACCGGUGAAUCACUUCCAAUUCUCAAAACUCCCCAUCUCACCCUCGCUGCACGUGAUAUCCCAAUUGGCGAUCGCACCAACAUGGCCUAUUCAGGCUGCAGUACUACUCAGGGUCGCGCAAUGGGAAUCGUCAUCGCGAUAGGCAUGAAUACAGAAGUUGGAAGGAUCGCCCAGCUGCUACAGACGAAGUCUGAUCUUGGUGACUCAGGUCCUCUUCUUCGUGUGUGGAAACGGGUUAAAUUAUCUGUUAUGAAUAUGUUGGGGCUGGUUGGCACGCCAUUGCAAGUGAAGCUGAGCAAAUUUGCACUGCUACUUUUCGCACUGGCAAUUUUAUUGGCUAUCAUCGUUUUCUCGGUCAAUCUGUGGGAUGUACAGGGCGAAGUCCUCAUAUACGGCAUCUGUGUUGCAGUAGCCGUCAUUCCGGAAUCAUUGAUUGCAGUUCUUACAAUCACCAUCGCCGUUGGCACAAAGGCCAUGGCAAGAGGAAAUGUCAUCGUGCGCAAACUCCAAUGCCUCGAGGCUGUCGGUGGCGUCACGAACAUCUGCUCUGACAAGACUGGAACCCUAACCCAGGGCAAGAUGAUUGCGCGCUCGGCUUGGAUUCCUGAUGCUGGGACUUUGACUGUGAGCCAGACGACUGAUCCAUUCGAUCCGACUAGUGGAGUUGUUCAGUUGGAUGAAAUCGAUUGGAAUUCUACUCGGCCUAUUGAGGAUCAUCCUGCCUUGCAUACAUUCUUGCGGGCGAUAUCUCUUUGCAAUCUUUCGACUGUGCACCAUGAUAAUAAGCAGGUAUGGAGUGCAGUUGGUGAACCCACAGAAAUUGCGCUUCAUGUCUUGGCUUUGCGCUUUGACUUUGGGAAGAGUUCUGUUACGAAGAGGCGUCAGCUUGAUUUGAAUACCGAAUAUCCAUUUGAUUCAGCUAUCAAGAAAAUGACUGUUGUCUACAACAGCCCUCAGAACAAGACUAUGGAGGUAUACACCAAGGGAGCACCAGAGACCAUCAUCCCUCACCUAAACAUUGAUGAAACCGAGAGACAAAGUAUCCGAGACACAGCCGAUCGGAUGGCAGGUGAAGGUCUCCGCGUCCUAUGCAUCGCUUACAAAACCGUUCCAGCGGACCAGCUCGCUCAAGUAUCUCCACGAAGUGCAGCCGAAUCAAGCCUUCGCUUUGGCGGCCUAGUCGGGCUUUACGAUCCCCCACGAGUCGAAACAGCCGCAGCAGUACGCCGAUGCCAGAUGGCCGGAAUCACCGUACACAUGCUGACAGGAGAUCACAUCAAAACAGCAACAGCCAUCGCAUCCGAAGUCGGAAUCCUCGACCGUGUGACGGCUCUCGUAAAGGCUGGCAGAUUGGUAAUGGCAGCCGACGAAUUUGAUAAAAUGACCGACGAGGAGAUCGACGCCAUCGAAGAGCUACCUCUGGUCAUUGCCCGUUGUAGCCCUGCGACCAAAGUCCGCAUGGUAGAUGCUAUGCAUCGACGCCAGGCAUUCUGCGUCAUGACGGGUGACGGUGUCAACGACUCUCCUGCACUUAAAAGGGCAGAUGUUGGCAUCGCCAUGGGCAAAAAUGGAAGUGAUGUUGCUAAGGAAGCGGCUGAUAUGGUCUUGACGGAUGAUAACUUCUCGUCUAUUGUGAAGGCUGUGGAAGAGGGAAGGCGGCUUUUUGACAAUAUCCAAAAGUUCCUUAUGCAUUUGCUCAUCUCGAACAUUGCACAAGUCAUACUCCUCUUGAUUGCGCUCGCAUUCAAAGAUGAAGGUGGGGACUCGGUCUUCCCAUUGUCUCCACUCGAGAUCCUCUGGGCCAAUUUGGUUACGUCUUCGUUCCUAGCUGUUGGUCUUGGGUUGGAAGAGGCUCAGCCUGAUAUCAUGUACAGACCACCCCAUGACCUCCGUAUCGGUGUCUUCACUCGCGAGUUGAUUGUUGACAAAAUGAUAUACGGAACUUUCAUGGGCACAUUAUGCUUAGUUGCAUUUGUCUGUGUGAUAUACGCAGCAGGUACGGGUACUUCAUCUCUAGGAGAUGGAUGUAAUGCCGCAUAUAACCCAACCUGCGAUAGUGUAUUCCGCGCUCGGGCAACUACCUACGCAACGCUCACAUUCCUACUGCUCGUCACAGCUUGGGAAGUAAAACACUUUUCUCGAUCGCUUUUCAACAUGGAUCCGAUUCGAUACCCAAAGACCUUCUCUGUCUUCCCUACAGUUUGGGACAACAAAUUCCUGUUCUGGGCCGUGAUGGCUGGAUUUGUAAUUGCAUUCCCGGUCAUCUAUCUUCCGGUUGUUAACCAGCUUGUUUUCAAACACCAGGCUAUAACUUGGGAGUGGGGUGUUGUCUUUGGGUGUACUGUUGUUUACCUUAUCCUCGUUGAGAGCUGGAAGGCUGUCAAGCGGGCUUUUGGUAUUGGGAGUGGCAAGAAUGCUACUCUUACGCUGGAGGAUGCUGAGACGCGGGCUGGUCUGGCUACUCUGACGCCCCUUUCGCUGAGUGCGAAUGCUAGUGUUGAGUUGAAGUGA